AUGGAAAGGCCGAAAGUUCACAUACCUGAUGCCAUUGGAAAGUUACAUUGCUUAGAAAAGCUAAAUUUAAAGGGAAACAAUUUUGUUACGCUGCCCAGCCUUAAGGACCUUUUCAGACUCUAUAAUUUAAACAUACAGCACUGCAAGCGGUUGAAAUAUUUUCCUGAUCUCCCCUCACGAACUGACUUGCCCUCAAAACCUUAUAAUCUGCCACAUCUACAUAUUCUUUUGGAUCCUGAUGAAGUUAAUAUAGGAAUAAUGAGUUACAACUGUGGAGAAUUAGUUGAUAGGGAACGGAAAACAGCAACUAACGCAGCUCUGUGGUUGUACAAGGCGACCCACCAAUACGGAUGUCUUGCUCUAAAUGUUGGAAGUAUUAUCCCUGGAAGUAAAAUACCGAGAGAUCGGGACAUGCCUAAUAUUGGUGGCCUGAAAUUCACAAUUAAAAUAAGAGACCUGGAUACUUUUCGUGAUUCCUCACUGAAAUUGGAAAAAAUGGAAGAUGAAGUUUUUCUGGUUGAAGUGAAGAAAUACGGGUACCGUUGGGUAUCAGAACAAGAUCUAGAACUAUCAAAUUCAACAAGGAUCCAUGGUGGAAAUGUGGUAACUCUUAAGCGCUAG